GGGGUUGGGGCGGGGGCCGGGCGGGAUCCGGCCCCUUUACCAACGGGGAUUUUUGGGGGGAUUAUUCCCGUUUUUCUUCCUGGUGGUUUUUUUUCCUGCAACCGAGAGAAGACGGGCACAAGGCAUGGCAUGAGCUUCGGGAGACGGGGCUGGAGAGAGACCUGUGGAAGAUGUCGAACCCGAGAAACGGCGACACCAAGCCCCCAUGUUUGCCCCGCAAUGGACUGGUGAAGAUCCCCACACAACCCAACGGCCUCGGCUCCGCCAGCAUCACCAAAGGCACCCCCGCCAUGAAAAACCGCCUGUGCCAGCCUUCCUCCGUGCCUGCCAUCCUCAGCCCGGCCUUAGCCCACCGCAGCGACCUGCCCAUCCCCAGCCUGGCCUCCCCGCUCUCCUUGGCUGCUCUGGCCAGCGUGUCCUCCCCUCCCGGCGCUUCCUUGGUGGGACUGAACGCCAGCGAAGGCUCAGAGCAGCCCUCGCCCGAGCGGCUGCCGGGCUCGCCCUCGGAAAGGCAGCUGGCGGUGGACGAGAAGAUCCUGAACCGCCUGUUCUGGUACUUUUCGGCGUGUGAGAAGUGCGUGCUGGCACAGGUGUGCAAGGCGUGGCGGCGGGUGCUUUACCAGCCCAAGUUCUGGGUGGGCUUGACACCCGUCCUGCACACCAAAGAGCUCUACAACAUCCUGCCCGGUGGGGAGAAGGAGUUUGUCAGCCUGCAGGGCUUCGCCGUCCGUGGCUUUGACGGCUUCUGCCUCGUGGGCGUCUCCGACCUGGACAUUUGUGAGUUCAUUGACAACUACCCCCUCUCCAAGAAGGGGGUCAAGUCCAUGAGCCUUAAGAGGUCGACCAUCACAGAUGCAGGGUUGGAGGUGAUGCUGGAGCAGAUGCAGGGCGUGGUGCGGCUGGAGCUGUCGGGCUGUAACGACUUCACGGAGGCGGGGCUGUGGUCCAGCCUAAACGCCCGGAUCACGGCCCUGAGUGUCAGCGACUGCAUCAACGUGGCCGACGACGCCAUCGCCGCCAUCUCGCAGCUCCUGCCCAACCUCACCGAGCUCAACCUGCAGGCCUACCACGUGACGGACACGGCGCUCGCCUACUUCACCGCCAAGCAGGGCUACACCACCCACACCCUGCGCCUCAACUCCUGCUGGGAGAUCACCAACCACGGCGUGGUCAACAUGGUGCACAGCCUGCCCAACCUGAGCGUCCUCAGCCUCUCGGGCUGCUCCAAGGUGACGGAUGACGGGGUGGAGCUGGUGGCCGAGAACCUGCGGAAGCUGCGCAGCCUCGACCUCUCCUGGUGCCCUCGCAUCACCGACAUGGCCCUGGAGUACAUCGCCUGCGACCUGCACAAGCUGGAGGAGCUGGUGCUCGACAGGUGCGUGCGGAUCACCGACACCGGCCUCAGCUACCUGUCCACCAUGUCGUCCCUGCGGAGCCUCUACCUGCGCUGGUGCUGCCAGGUGCAGGAUUUUGGCCUGAAGCACCUCCUGGGCAUGAGCAGCCUGCGCCUCCUCUCGCUGGCUGGCUGUCCCUUGCUGACCACCACGGGGCUGUCGGGGCUGGUGCAGCUGCAGGAGCUGGAGGAGUUGGAACUCACCAACUGUCCCGGGGCCACCCCGGAGCUCUUCAAAUACUUCUCCCAGCACCUCCCGUGCUGCAUGGUGAUCGAGUAGCGGCGGGUCCGGCCGCCCGCUGCCGCGCCCACCCCGGCCACCAUCGCCCACCCCAUCUCCUCCCGGCCGCUGGGGGACACGAGAGAUGCCCUCGCUUCCAGCCGACCCAGGACAACCCCCACACUGACUACCCCGAGGGACAGGGGGCUCCGGGAGGAGAUGGGGGACGGCGUCGCGCCUCGCCGGAGUCCCCCCGGGUACGAUGUAAAUUCCCCCCGCACCGCCGCCAUCGCCCAGUCUCCUCCCAGUGUCCUGCCAAGCCCUUUCGGACAGACAGACGGACAUCAUGGAAACCCAAAGCGGGAAGGCGACGCUGUGUGACCCCCCCGGCCGCAUCCUGCUCCCUUGGCCCGGG